UCAAAAUUAACAGGAUAUUCAUAUGCCAGUUGUCUACACUUUCUAUACAAGGACAAGCCAUAUACUUCAAUAAUUAUCUACUCUCACUCUAAGGACAGGAAUCAUAUCGCGCAAGAUAAUGAGUCUCUGGUCGUCAAAAUGCAGCACUGUCAUGUUGCAACAAUUUCUGGUCGUUUGGGUGGUGAUGGUGGCAAUGUGGGGUAGUGCAAGUUACUCAAAAUGCGAUUUUGAGGCAAUCUUCAACUUUGGCGACUCAAAUUCGGACACUGGUGGGUUUUGGGCAGCUUUUCCGGCACAGUCCGGUCCUUUUGGCAUGACUUACUUCAAGAGACCGGCUGGUCGGGCUUCGGACGGGAGGCUCAUGGUUGAUUUCUUAGCACAAGCUCUGGGAUUGCCAUUUCUGAGCCCGUAUCUGCAAUCAAUUGGAUCUGAUUAUAGACACGGAGCCAACUAUGCAACACUGGCAUCUACUGUACUGUUGCCUAAUACUUCCCUAUUUGUUACUGGGAUCAGCCCUUUUUCUCUGGCUAUUCAGAUCAACCAAAUGAAGGAAUUCAAGGCUAAGGUUCAUGAAUUCCACUCCGCUCGUAAACAAGGAUCAACACCUCUCCCAUCACCGGACAUUUUUGGAAAAUCUCUCUACACGUUUUAUAUUGGUCAGAAUGAUUUUACUUCAAAUUUAGCUGCUAUUGGUAUAGGUGGAGUGAAGCAAUAUCUCCCUCAAGUGGCUGCACAAAUUGCCGGUAGUAUCAAGGAGCUAUACGCAUUGGGAGGGCGUGCAUUUCUGGUUCUCAAUCUUGCACCGAUAGGUUGUUAUCCUGCGUUCUUGGUACAGCUUCAUCAUAACACCUCGGACAUCGACGCCUUCGGUUGUUUGAUCUCUUACAAUAACGCUGUGGUGGACUAUAAUAACAUGUUGAAAAAGGCUCUAAGCCAAACUAGAAUGGAACUCCCAAAAGCUUCCCUUAUAUAUGUGGACAUCCAUGCUAUUCUACUGGAGCUCUUCCAGCAUCCCGGUUCUCAUGGGCUCAAAUAUGGUACCAAAGCAUGCUGUGGCCAUGGGGGAGGCCAGUACAAUUUUGAUCCUAAAGCUUACUGUGGAAAUACCAGAGUGAUUAAUGGAAGCACUGUAACCGCAUCAGCUUGUGGUGAUCCAUACAAGUACGUUAGCUGGGAUGGAAUACAUGCCACAGAAGCAGCAAACAAGCUUGCUACAAUAGCUAUUCUGAAAGGGUCCUAUUUUGAUCCUCCUUUUCCUCUUCAUCAUCUCUGUGACCUCCAACCCAUUAAUUGAUGUUUUCUCUUUAAUUUUAGGAGCUAAUAAAUAAUUAAUCCAUGAUGUUAGCCAGGCUAACGAUCUCCUAAACUUUGAUUUAUUAUGUUUAACUGGAUCCUUAAAGUUCAA